UCUGUGUUUUUGCCAGAAAAUGCGGAAGUGAAAUAAUGGAAUUUGAUGCCAUUCCGGAGGACAGGAAUAGGCAACAUGAAUUUAUAUAUUACAAUACAAUAAAAUUAUUAGGAAAUUAAAUAGACAAGCGGAAUAUAUCGCUCAAUCAAAUCAUCACGACAGCCGUGUUGAGAUGGAGAGCCGUCGCACAGUAACACGAAGGUCGAGAAAUCAACACACCAGGUGAGAGAUGAGCUGCAUUUGCUUUGUUGACAACUUUAUGGAUUUGCCAUCCAUCCCCAUUGUCUGUCUUAUUAUGAGGCGGCCAGACCAACAUUAAUUUGAUGAGAAGCGAUUGAUUGCCUUCUGGUCUAUCAAAUUGCUACAUUGCAGACAUAUGCAACCGCAACAAACGGUUAUGACCAAUAUGCAUAAAUUGUCUUUAUUAUAUAUGAGUAUCAACAUUGUAUCAGCGUUGCAUUUUGUUGCUGAAACAAAAAGCGCAGUAGUAACAAUGCAUUUAAUUUCUUAUUUCUCCCGACACCACUCCUCCUAAUCUCCACUGCCAAUUCGUAAUUCUAUCCAUGGUCAUGCAUAUUGCUUUGCAGAUUGAUCAAAUUAUAUAUAUUUCGGAAAGCGCCACAAGCCUGUAGCCUAGGUGUGGUGCGUCCGAUGGUGGGCUCGAGGGCGUUUUGUGUCAACAAACGAAAAGUUCCACAUCAUCGCGCUCGGAUUCUUCCACGGAGGCAGAGGGACUGAAGGUGGGACGCCCCCAUGGCCCACGCCCGCUUCCCGGGAAGGACUGCAAACGUGGCUGCUAACCUGACUUCCCCGGUGCUGGGUCGACCACUGUGCUCUAAUGGGACGCCCUGGAUCCUCUAUCUGUUCGAGCAAUGCGUGGAUAAUGUGUGGGAAUACUGGAGCGUAGUCAUCGGGCUGAUCUCAAUGUUCUGUUUCUUGCUGUCUACUCUACCACAAAUCUAUGAGGCUUAUCGCAAUGGUAAAGUGGAGGAGGCCAUGUCGUUUGGCUUUCUGCUCUUCCUCUUCAGUGGGGACCUCAGCAGUCUAAUAGGCUGCGUCCUGACCAGCCAGCUGCCCAUCCAGAUUGUGACAGUAGUGUUCUACAUCUUCACUGAUCUCCUGCUCAUCUCCCAGUUCCUCUACUACAAGAUAAAGAACAACUCAUCUAAAAAGCGCCCCGUGUUGAAGUGGUUGUGUUUCCUGUGGUGUGGGGCUUCCACUGUGGCCCUCCUGAUUCUCCCCAAGUUCAUCACUGACAACAACAACUCUGCCAACACUGAGAGUGCCUCUAACAGCGUGGAGAUUUCUGGUUAUGCCUGUGGAUACGUGGCCUCCAUAUUCUACCUCUCCUCUCGUUUUCCACAGCUCUACAAAAAUUUUAAGCGACAGUCUACAGAGGGCACGUCGUACAUGCUGUUUGCCCUGGCCAUGAUGGGCAACGGGACCUACGGGCUCAGUGUCAUUGUGGUUCUACCAGCUCUGUCCGGCUCCAAACAGGCCUUCAUUCUCAAACAUCUGGCCUGGCUCAUCGGCAGCCUGGGAGUCCUCCUCCUAGACUUCUUUGUCACUGCCCAGUUCAUCAUCUAUAGGAAGAACCACUCCGCUAAAACCAGCAAGAAGAUGAACGUUCCUGAAGUAGAACCUCUGCUCUGUGAAGAGGAGGAUCUGUCCACAUUCUAGAAAACACAUGAAUGAAGGUGUAUCGUUAGAAUACAUGAUUAAAGUUCUAGAGUGAGAACACAUGAUUAAAGUUCUAGAGUGAGAACACAUGAUUAAAGUUCUAGAGUGAGAACACAUGAUUAAAGUUCUAGAGUGAGAAUACAUUAUUAAAGUUCUAGAGUGAGAACACAUGAUUGAAGUUCUAGAGUGAGAAUACAUGAUUAAAGUUCUAGAGUGAGAAUACAUGAUUAAAGUUCUAGAGUGAGAACACAUGAUUAAAGUUCUAGAGUGAGAAUACAUGAUUAAAGUUCUAGAGUGAGAAUACAUGAUUAAAGUUCUAGAGUGAGAACACAUGAUUAAAGUUCUAGAGUGAGAAUACAUUAUUAAAGUUCUAGAGUGAGAACACAUGAUUGAAGUUCUAGAGUGAGAACACAUGAUUGAAGUUCUAGAGUGAGAAUACUUGAUUGAAGUUCUAGAGUGAGAAUACAUGAUUGAAGUUCUAGAGUGAGAACACAUGAUUGAAGUUCUAGAGUGAGAAUACAUGAUUGAAGUUCUAGAGUGAGAAUACAUGAUUGAAGUUCUAGAGUGAGAAUACAUGAUUGAAGUUCUAGAGUGAGAAUACUUGAUUGAAGUUCUAGAGUGAGAAUACUUGAUUGAAGUUCUAGAGUGAGAAUACAUGAUUGAAGUUCUAGAGUGAGAACACAUGAUUGAAGUUCUAGAGUGAGAAUACAUGAUUGAAGUUCUAGAGUGAGAAUACAUGAUUGAAGUUCUAGAGUGAGAAUACUUGAUUGAAGUUCUAGAGUGAGAAUACAUGAUUGAAGUUCUAGAGUGAGAACACAUGAUUGAAGUUCUAGAGUGAGAAUACAUUAUUCAAAUUCUAGAGUGAGAACAGUAAGAGAUUUCCAGAAAUCGUCUCCAUAAUGCUGAGUGGAGACCUGGAAUAAUCCAACAUGUGAUAGAUAGUACAUCGAUGUUCCCUCCAUUUAAAUCCAGGUGAAUUAAAGGGGGUGUCUUAUGGUUGAGAAAUGUAAUCUCAGUAGAACCAUUCUCGAUUUCUUUGUAAGGGGGCUCAAAUGAUAUAUUCCCUAUGUUUUUCUUAUUACACUAAAGGCCUAUAGGGUGUGUCUCAGUGUCACAUGCCUCUAGUCUAUGUUUGUCAAUGGUUAGAGGUCCUGUGUUUUCCAGGAUAAGAUCGGCAAUACACUCUGAACUGUUCACUCAGCAUUGUCGUCUAGGUAAACAGUACAAGAAGGAAUCAUAACAGGGAUUGUUCCUGUAUGUAGGUUUAAAAAGAUCAUACAUUGCACCAAUGGUAGUGGAUCACAUUGACUAUUGACGUGCCACAAAGUAGUGGGCCGCACCAACAGUAAUCUAUUUUUCACUUGUGGUGAAUUUGUUAUAGUUUACCUUGGUUUGUUGUAGGAGCAGAUUCCGUUGUAAUUGAAUCCCUAUAUAAGUUGUAGUUGGUAAAUUGCUUGGAGUGUUACACAGUGUUUAGAUUGUGAAUAUGCAGUGGGUUAAGCCUGAUAUCCCGUGCCCUACAUAACACUGUUGAACUGAUGCUGUGUGUAGUGUAUUUUAUUUACAGUGCCUUGCGAAAGUAUUCGGCCCCCUUGAACUUUGCAACCUUUUGCCACAUUUCAGGCUUCAAACAUAAAGAUAGAAAACUGUA